CCAUUUACACUUUCAUAGCAUUCCUCGGAAAAGUUUACUUCGUUCAACCAACCAUCUGCGUAGACACGGUCCAACGUUCUUGUCUCAUUCAUCUUUUCCACCACCUCUAGUCAUGGAUUUCUCACAGCUUAACUCUGCUGAACAGGCCCAUAUGACCAAAAUUAUCGAAAAAAAACAGAUGCAAGACUUCCUACGUCUAUACUCGGGCCUCGUGGAAAGAUGCUUUAGCUCAUGCUGUAAUGACUUCACGAGCAAAGCAUUGUCUUCGAAAGAAGAGCAAUGCGUUAUGAAUUGCGCAGACAAAUUUUUGAAGCACUCCGAGCGGGUGGGGCAGCGGUUUGCGGAGUUGAAUGCAGAGGCCAUGGGUCCCAAGCCAUGA